CCCGCCCCCCCCUCCCCUCUCUGUCUUCUGUGCACUGGGAGCAGCUUUCUUGCCACGACCCCUCACCCCCUGAAAAUGUAUGCCUGCUCCAGGUUCCUCUCCACCCACUCCUUGGUCAGGAGCACCUCUCAUCUGCUGAGCCGACCACUGUCUGCAGUGGUUCUGAACCGACCAGAGACACUGACAUAUGAGAGCUUCAGCAGCUUGGCAGUCCCAUGUCCCCUGACCUCACUUAUCCCUCACCGCCGCUUCCAAACCAGCACCAUUUCAAGGGACAUUGACACAGCAGCCAAGUUCAUUGGGGCUGGGGCUGCCACAGUUGGGGUGGCUGGCUCUGGGGCUGGGAUUGGGACUGUAUUUGGAAGCCUUAUCAUUGGUUAUGCCAGGAACCCUUCUCUGAAGCAACAGCUCUUCUCCUACGCCAUUCUGGGCUUUGCCCUCUCAGAGGCCAUGGGGCUCUUUUGCCUGAUGGUGGCCUUUCUCAUCCUCUUCGCCAUGUGAAGGAGCAGUCUCCGCCUCGAAUUCUUUCUCCCAUGUCUUGUCUACCCUGUAUGUCCCUUUUCCUAUACUUCCUCAGGCAAUCUGGGGAAAGUGGUUGGCUCAGGGUUUGACAGAGGGAAGACAAAUAAAUACUGUAUUAAUAAGAUG